GUUCAGGAGUUCGUGUUUGUGAAUAUGGGGCCAUUGCAAUUAGCCUUAAAAAAACAUUGAGAGGUAGCUUACAGGACAACAGCAGCAAGCAGUAGACAUGGAGGACAUGACAGCAGAGCUUGAACUACCCGGGUUUCGGUUUCAUCCUACCGAGGAAGAACUCCUGGACUUCUACCUGAAAAAUAUCAUUUUUGGGAAGAGGCAGAGGUUUGAUAUAAUUGGACUGCUCAACAUAUAUCAUUAUGAUCCUUGGGCUUUGCCAGGAUUGGCGAAGAUUGGCGAGAGGGAGUGGUACUUUUUUGUGCCUAGAGAUAGGAAGCAUGGCAAUGGAGGAAGGCCUAACAGGACCACUGAAAAUGGAUUCUGGAAGGCCACAGGCUCAGACAGAAGAAUACUGAAUUCUUCUGAUCCUAAAAGGAUCAUUGGCCUGAGAAAGACUCUUGUGUUCUACGAAGGAAGAGCACCUCAUGGAAAAAAAACUGAUUGGGUCAUGAACGAAUAUCGCCUCCCAGACACCUGUUCCAUACCAAAGGACAUAGUGUUGUGUAAGAUAUAUAGGAAGGCAACAUCCUUGAAGGUCCUGGAACAAAGGGCAGCAAUGGAGGAAGAGAUGAAGUCAGUUCAUGGAUCACCUUCAUCCCCAAUGUCAUCAAUGGAUGGUAUCUCAUUCUGCAGCUCUCAACAAGAAAAGCCGGGCCCAUCGAUGCCCAUGCAGGGCAUGGUUUUCAAGAAGGAAGUAGUAGAAGAGAAGAAGUAUGAAAAUGGCCAGGAGGGUGCCAAAGGGUCUUGCUCAUCUCUGCAGUUGCCAUCAGGGAAGUUGACUGAGCUCCAAGUUCCAAAAUCAGGCACAGACUGGAGCCAGGACCCCAUUUGGACCCAACUAGGCAGCCCCUGGCUUCAAAAUCUGAACACUUACACCAACAUUCUGAAUUUCUAAGGCCUUUGUUUAUCUGCUGAGGAUGAAUCUCAAUCAACCCUGUAGAUAAAUUUUGUCUCUGAGUCCAUCUAGGCCUUUUUGUCAUCCCUGGCUUGGUAUGAAUAACAGUUUGGACUGAGCCCAGAGGGUAGCCUUGACUCUGUUUCAAAGUUUGGACGUAUUUACUGAUCUUGUAAUCAAAGAAUGUUAACUUUAUGUAUGUUCAAUGUAGCUUAUAAGUUCAUUAUGCAAUGUGGUUACUGGCCAACAGUGAUCUCCAUUUGAUCUUCA